AUGGGCACAUUUGCCUUGCGGACAGGAAGCCCGCAAGACCCCACUCUGUAUGAUGACAAACCCCCUGUCACGGAUUCCGAAGCCGCAGACUAUUACCAACUUGACCUCUGCCGUCAUUCGUUAUGGCUUCUUUUUUCAGUCAAUGGACUAAUGAAAUACAUCGUGAUGAAUCAACAUAGCACAUCCCGGGCGGACCCUCGGCAUGCGAGGCGAGUCUCCUGCAUCAUCUGUGCCAAGGGCAAGCGGAGAUGCUCCCGCCAGAUCCCAUCGUGCACCAGAUGCGCCGAGAAAGGCUUUGUCUGUCGAUAUCCUGCUCCUCGCAUCUCCUACGUUCCUCCCAUCGAACUCGUCUUCUCUUCUGAUGGCCCACCGACGGUGUAUCAGGACCUGCGCGGAUCCGCCGGCAACUCUGCUAGUUCCGGUGCUUCAAGUGCCACGGCAAACGGCCGUUACCAUGAGCAGCUCCUCUUGGAUAGUACUAACGAAAAUAGAAACCAUCUCGCCCAGGACUCCACUUCGUUCUUGACUGAAUCCCGUUCUGCUACCACUGGAGAUGAACCUAUAUUGGCUCCUCAUCUAUCUAACCCGUGGUUUCUAUCGCCAAGCUCCUGGGUUAUUACAGACAAUACUGAUUCCGUCCGACCUCGCGGCUGUCUCAACGAAGAGGCUCUUCGACAGUUCCCGGACCAUGCCAUGGCUUGGCUGAAACAGUGGUCUGUAAAAGGUCAUUGCCCUUUCAUUCACUUGAACCAACAAAAGACGUUCAACGGCUUCCCAGACUGCCUGCAAGAUGCCUAUACCGUUACCGCUGCAUACACAAACUCCACGCCAGCAACAAAACAACUCGCCCUGCGUAUCCUCCAAAGUCGCGCCGCACAGCUCGUCAGCACCUUUAAAGACGCCCGAUCUCUGGAAGAUCUUAUAUAUGGUCCCAUGACGGCGCUAUCCCGCCUCCAAGCUCUUCUAGUAUAUACCAUUAUAGGACUUUUCGACGGCGAUAUUCGCGCAAGGGGUCAAGCUGAAAGCAAUCUCGAUAUCCUUACGACUUGGUCAACAGAACUCUGGGAACGGGCCGUGCUGGAUAUAUCUCAAAGUCGUGCGGCUGAAGACAACCCUAGCACUGACAUCAAUGACCUUCUGGCUACGGAACGUUGCAAGAAAGUUGGAACGGCGCAAGAGGCCAUGGAUGCCGCUGCUCCUACGUCAACUGAUCCGACUAUUAGCACUACCAAAUACGACUACAUGGGGCUCAUCAUGGACGGAACUAUAUAUUCUGCUUGGCAAUCGUGGAUAUUUGCCGAGUCAAUACGCAGAACCUAUCUCACUGUUGGCAUCACCCGCUCCGUAUUUCGGGUCCUGCAGAAAGGGUGGUCCGAUUGUCCUGGUGGUAUUAUCUUUACCGCGGCGAACGGGCUGUGGGACGCAUCAGAUCCGCAUACAUGGAUGAAGCGUAUUUCUUCGUCAGGAUUUUUGCCCGUGCGGCACACGGAUAUGGGAAACUUGGUAGAUCAGACAGAUCGCUCCAAAGUGGAUGAGUUUUCGCACACUAUUGUCAUAAUAUCAUUUGGAUUGGAGAGAUAUGCACAAUGGGGGGCUGAUUCCAAUGAACAGGAAAGUGUGUCUGCAGACUCGCAGAGGCGAUUAUAA